AUGGCUCCUUAUGAGGCUCUUUAUGGGAGGCAUUGUCGGUCUCUAAUUUGUUGGUUUGAACCAACUGAAGUGGAGUUGUUGGGUCCAGAUUCAGUUCAUGAAGCAAUUGAGAAGGUUAAUCUUAUUGUGCAAUGGCUCAAGACAGCUCAGAGUCGACAGAAGUCCUAUACCGAUAUGAGGCGGCGUGAGCUAGAGUUUUCUGUCGGUGACAAGGUGUUCUUGAAAGUGUCGCUGAUGAAGGAAGUAAUGCGAUUUGGUAAAAAGGGGAAACUCAGUCCCCGUUUCAUUGGCCCUUACGAGAUUGUUAGGAAAAUUGGAACGGUGGCUUAUGAAUUGAAAUUGCCAUCCGAUAUGGCCAUGGUGCACCCUGUGUUUCACGUUUUGAUGUUGAGGUUGUACAAACCUGAUCCUUCCCAUGUGUUGAACAAUGAAGAGAUUGAAAUUAAUGAAGGGUUAACCUAUGAAAAAAAACUAGUUCAGAUUCUAGAUCGUCAAGUUCGAAGGUUAAGGAUGAAGGACGUGGCAUCGGUUAAAGUGUUGUGGCGAAACCAUAAUACUGAGGAAGCUACUUGGGAAGCAGAGGAGGACAUGAAGAAGACAUAUCCCCACUUGUUCCCUAUGGCAG